AUGGCGACUAAUAGAAAAGGUUCACGCGAGAGGGUUAUACUAAUUGUUGGUGGGAUUAAGUAUGAAGCUUAUCGAUCUACGUUUACUGCAUACCCACAAACAAGGUUGGGAAUGAUGUUUAGUGAAGAGAAUCAUGCGGCACCACAUUCAAAAAAUGGAAAUGGAAAUGUAUACUAUAUUGAUAGGAAUGGAAGGUUAUUUUAUUGUAUUUUACAAUUUUAUAGAACUGUGAAAUGUGCGAUACCGAUAACACAAAAACAAUUAGAUGAAGAAUUAGAAUAUUUUAUGAUCCCUCAUUCAAAAAAAUCUAAACUAUCUCUCCGCAGCAGAACCCUUGCUGCUGAACUUGAUAAUCUCGUAGAUGCCCUUAAAGCAUCACUCAACAAAUUAGCAUUAUAUUUUCAAAAACGUUUCUUAAUGUCAGCUCAUGGUUUCAAUGUAACCCUAGAGAUAUCAUUCUACCCAUCAGAUCGGAUACCACACCUUGUGACAGUUUUACCAAAAAUUAUAGGAAAAUCUCCAAUACCUUUAAUAACUCCAAUACUUAACGAACGAGGUUUUGGAACAAAAGCUUAUUUGAUAAUGAAUAGAUUUGGUGAUAUGAUAGGAAACUAUUUGGAAUCUACAUUCCCAGGACUUAAUUGGAAUCUACAAUGGUUAGAACAGAGUAGUGAUGAACUUCGUCCUUCACCGGUUGAUACAAUGUAUAGAAUGAGAAUGACAUUGUGCGAUAAGUUUGAUUACGAAGAUAUUAUUAAUAAUUGCUGUUUAAGUACAGUAGCCAAUAAAGAUGAUUUUUGUAAGGAAGAUUUAGAUGAUUAA